AUGCCUCGUCAACGUGGUGGAUCUGCUCCCCCUCGCCGUCCUACGGCUGCCCCGGCCAGGCCUGCUGCUCCAGCUCCUGCGCCCGCCCGUCACUCGUCCACCGCUGCUGCUCCUCCGGCUCAGCAGCAUGCGCCACCCCAGCAGGCCGCUCCUGCUCCCCAGGCGAGCCAGGGACCCGGACUCUUCGGACAGAUGGCUAGCACCGCUGCCGGUGUCGCAGUGGGCUCCUCCAUCGGCCAUGCCAUCGGCGGUUUCUUCGGCGGCGGCUCCUCUGCGCCCGCCGAGGCCUCCCCCCAGAACACCGACUUCGCGCAACAGCACCAGCAGACGCAGCAGAGCCAGCCGUCCGGCCCCUGCGCUGGUGACAUCAAGAACUUCAACACUUGCAUGACCGAGAACCAGGGCAACUUGACCAUCUGCGGGUGGUACCUGGAUCAGUUGAAGGCGUGCCAGCAGGCGGCGGCCCCUUACUAG